GUUGCUGCCGCCAUGACGACGUCCGCCAACAAGUUGACGCAUCUCGUGGUCGAUGCCGGUGCUUUGAUCAAGGGCGCGGAUCUGUCCAGCGUGGCCGAAAACCUGUGGACGACGAGCGACGUGCUGGCCGAAAUCAAAGACUCCAAGUCCCGUCGGUUCGUCGCACGUCUCCCGAUGGAGCUCAAGACGCGCGAUCCGUCCGAGAAGGACAUGGACGCGGUCGUGGCGUUUUCGCGCUUGACGGGGGACUUUUCGUUCUUGUCGCUGACCGACUUGCGCGUCAUGGCGCUGACGUACAUGUUUGAACGCGAACUCCAUGGCACCGACCACAUUCGCAAGACGCCCAAGGUCGCCGAGACCAAGGUCACGGGCCCCAAGGUCCCCGCUUCCAAGGUGCGAUGCCGCUACAUUCAGAGUCCCGGCGGGUGCCGCAACGGAUCGACAUGCCCAUUUAGCCACAACCUCAAGGACAACGCUGUCGUGAACGCCGAGCCGUUGCCAGCGAUCGAGUUGCCCUGCCGAUACUUCAACUCGGACUCGGGGUGUACCCUCGGCAACGCGUGCCGGUUUCUCCACGUCCUGGUAGACUCUGACACAACGACCGCGCCGUCUUUCGACGCUCGUCCCGAGAAGACCAUGCCUUCUACCGUGCCGGAAGACGACGACGCUUCCAUCGCUAAAACAUCCCCUGAGGACGUCGUUGCCCCUCGUCGCAUCCACGCCACAGUCAAGUCGCGGAUUCUCAGCGCAGGCUUUGGCGCGUCCACAAACGCCGGCGCGGACGGCGACGACGGCAAAAACUGGAUCAACAGCACCAACAUGGCCGAAUUCGCGCAGAGUCCGUUUGGCAGCGGCAAGCUCACGCACGCCAUCGACGCGUCUAUCCAAGUCGGGUGCAUCACGACCGAUUAUUCCAUGCAGAAUGUCCUUGUGCAAAUGGGACUCCACCUCCUCAGCACGGACGGGAUGGUCAUCCACCGCGUCAAGCAGUGGAUCCUCAAAUGCGCCGCGUGCUUCAAAACGACCACCGAGCUCGACCGCAAAUUUUGCCCCGUGUGCGGAAACAACUUGAUGGAGCGCAUUGCGUGCAGCCUCGACAAAGACACCGAGCAGUUGACGCUGUAUACGCGGGCGAACCGACCGGCGAACCUCCGCGGGUCCAAGUUUUCGCUCCCGAUGCCGACGGGCGGCCGCCAAGGUGAUCUCUUGCUGCGGGAAGACCAGCUCAUGCAUGGCAUCUGGGCGCAGCGCCAAAAAACGUCGGCCAAGGUGCUCAAGAGCGCGUUUGGCGAGCACGUCGCUCACGAUUUGGGCGUCAAAGCCGAAAAGCAAACGGCCAUCACGGUCGGGUACGGCCGCAUGAACCCGAACGCGCAGAAAGGCCGCGAACGGCGAGGAAAGAAGAAGCGCAGCGCCAACUAGGGGCCGGCGUCGCUGGGACCUGCUAAAUGGCGUAAUAUAUCUUGGAUUUUCAACGGGCCAGCGAUCGAGUGGCAUCGCGGGUGUGGCCGAGCUCCCCACGUCCUCAAACGACCCAUGCAUCCGUGGU